CUCAACGCCCACCGCCCUUAGCCAAUACAAUAACUUGAUUAAAUGCCCUGAAAUCAAGGCGGAGCCGAGGGCUGAAGAAAUGGAUAUGCAGAAGGGACAUCCGUGGUGGUGAUUUUGCAGUGUGGCGUUCUGUGAUUGAGGCGUGGUCGUGCUUAUCCAUACCGUCAUGGAUUCCGUCCAGACAGCCCAGUGUAUCGUGUAUUCCACCGUCGUUUGUGUCCUGCUCAUCAUCGUGGGCUUAGUUAUAUUCCUCUUGGUUGUGUUUGCCUUCGGACCAGCUAUCGAUGAAAUGCAACUCCGAAACAUGCAAAAGAGAGUGAACAACACGACCACAGAUUCACUUUACAAUUUCGACUACGAUUGAGAUGGAGGGAUUUCUUUUCUUUACCUGUUUAGAUUUCCACUUAGGAAAAUUUUUAUUUAGUUUUGUAUAACUAAAAGUCAAUUUAGGGCUGUAUUAAAUCAAUAAUGAAUCAUUUAUAAAUCUACUGUCUACAUCCGUUAGGAACUAUUCAAAACAAAAGAACAAAUAAACCAAUCGUCCAAAAAAGAUUGUCUAGAAUUACG